AGGCACCUCGGGAUAAGUGACGAGAUGGUCAAGAAGCAUCUUCAGGCUGGUCAUGUCUGUGGAGACGAUGUCGACCUCCUAGAUGGGCAUCCCACAGGGUCUGUGAGGAUCUCGUUUGGAUACAUGUCUACGCUGGAGGAUGCCCAGACCUUUCUCAGGUUCAUCAUAGCCACCUGCUUGGGUUCCUCAGGUGGCCACCCUGUCCCUCAGGCUGGUGCUGGGGAGGCUGAAGCCACGUCAGCAGAGGGGGAGGCUCAGGACAUUCCUGCCAUCAUAGGGAGAUGUGGUCUGUUAACUCAGGAAGAUGCUCUCACAGACUCUGGGGUUUGCACUGACUUGUCCACCGCUGUGAAUGCCAUGGAUUUGGGCCCGCCUCUGCAUGAGGCCGCCAGAACCCAGCAGAUGUCUUUGGAGAAAACUACGGGAGUCCUGGAUGGGGACCUUGGGCCACAUGUUGUAACCAACCUUUACCUCUACCCAAUCAAAUCCUGUGCUGCGUUUGAG